AUGUCUCUCCCUGGCUUAGAGCUCACCCAAGCUACCGUAGAAGAGCGGAGUAAGCCGGCAGCCCCGGUACAACAUAGCCUCUCUAGGGGAUCGGAAUGGAGAUUUGAAGUCGCAUUUGGCCAGAUUGUAAGAGUGAAGCUCCUCGCCGGCACCGCAGAGCUCUUUGGCACCGAACUUGCCGCCUCCCAAACAUAUACCUUCUCCGGGACCAAAGCCGCUAUAUACACUUGGCAUGGCUGCACGUUGGAAGUAAGCGCCGGCGACCCCAUCGCCAUUGGCGGGUUGGGCAGCACGCCUCCAUCUCCCGGCUCCGGCAGUGGCGGGUGCCAGGUGGAAUACAUAGCGGAGGAGACGCCCAUGGCUGAGUAUGUCAAUAUUCAUGCUGCGCUUGAGACUAUGCGCGAGGAAGCCAAGGCAGCCGGCUGUGAAGGUCCGCGAGUACUCAUUCUGGGACCGGAGGAUGCGGGCAAGACCAGCUUGACAAAGAUCCUUACGGGAUAUGCGACGAAGAGGGACAGACAGCCUGUUGUCGUAAAUCUCGACCCGUCGGAGGGGAUGCUGAGUGUCCCUGGAAGCUUGACGGCGACGGCGUUCCGGUCUAUGAUUGAUGUGGAGGAGGGAUGGGGGAGUAGUCCUAUGUCUGGGCCGAGUCCAAUACCUGUCAAGCUACCACUUGUGUAUUUUUAUGGGCUGUCCAGUCCGCUGGAUGCGGAGGGUCAGCUGUACAAACCUAUUGUGUCAAGGCUGGCGUUAGCGGUUGCUGGGAGGUUGGUGGAGGAUAGGGAUGCAAAGGAAGCUGGGAUUAUUAUUGAUACCCCUGGAAUUCUUGGGCAAGGGAAGGGAGAUGAUGUUAUUCAUCAUAUUAUUACAGAGUUUUCAGUCACGACAAUCCUAGUCCUCGGCUCUGAACGUCUCUACAGCUCCAUGGUGAAAAACUAUGACAACAAACCCAUCUCCGCUUCCACCUCCACAUCGAAUUCCACUACCAGCCCCUCGACCCUGGAUCACAUCUCCGUCGUCAAAGUGACGAAAUCCGGAGGCAGCGUCGACCGCGACGCUUCCUUCAUGAAAAACGUCCGCGAAUGGCAAAUGCGCUCCUAUUUCUUCGGCAACCCCAUCCCCUCCAUCGCCUCCUCAGCUCUAUCCCUCUCCGCCACCUCCUCAGGAACAACAAUAUCCCUCUCCCCGCACGCACAACAGCUCGACUUCGAUUCCCUAUCCAUCUACACCAUCACCGCCACUUCAGACGACGAUGACGAAUACGACCCCUCCUCCUUCAGCGUGAACGGAUCCUCCUUCUUACCCGGUGGCAUCCACGACCAUGACAACGGUACCAAUCCCCAAACACAGCAGCAGCUUCAACAAUCCAUAGACCCCACCACAGCAUCCUCGUCCCUCCUCCCCAUUCCGGGACUCUCAUCUGCCUCCACCACAUCACCCUCAUCACCUUUACACGCCUACAUCCCCCUGAAGAAAUUGCCGCCUUCAACUAUUUCACCCAUUCCACUAGCUCUGGAAAAUACCCUUCUGGCAGUCACCCAUGCGGCGCCAAACGCACCGCUCAAUGAGAUCCGCGACGCGAGCGUCAUGGGCUUCGUCUAUGUCGCAAGCGUGGAUGAGAAGAAGGCGAAGAUUAGAGUCCUGGCACCUGUGGGGGGGAGGGUGCCGGGCAGAGCUAUGAUUUGGGGGAAGAAAUGGCCGGGGGAGUUGGUGGGUUUGGUUGGCUGA